AUGCACCUUCUCCUUCUUUGCAUUUCUGCUGUCCUCCUCUCCGCCUCUCUGUUCCACUCCCUAUACCUUUCAUUGUGCAAACCACCUUUGACGCUCGUUCCCUCCCUAAUAAAACAUCUCAGACCCUCUCUGCACUUCUCUUUACGCCUCCCCCCCACACCACCAACCACCACAAACUCGCAAUGCUUACGUUCCGUUCAAUUCUACCACCUUGUGCCUCUCUCUCAUUCUCUCUCGUUCCACCCUCUAAAGAACUCAUUAGUCACCCUCCCUUGCUACGAACAUUCACUCCCAACAGUGCAUAUCACCUUUUCCACUUUACACAGUACAUUUUACCUUCCUCUAUUCUUCCUACAGGACACCUUUAUUUCCUGCAUCUUUUCUUUCUCUAUUUCUCUGCGUUCCCCUCUCUUUGCACAAUUGAUGUUUCUCUAUUUUUCUCUUUUUAUCCCCUCUUUCUUUAUAACAUUUCUUAUACUUUUUUUCUUUUCUACUCCUCUCUCUCUUGUUACAGUGUCUCUGUUAUCUCUUUUUACAAGUUGCAACAUUUUUUCUUGGUACUUCUCACUCAGUGAACUAACUGCCUAUCUUUCUUCCUAUUAUUUUCUCUCUUUCAUGAAAUUGCAUUACCGAAACACCAGACUUCUCUCUUACAUUUAUCUUCCUUCUCGCUAA